CAAUUCCUUACCUUGGACCACUGUAAAAAUCGAAACUUCUUACGUCAAUCUUCAUCAAGGCUACACCCCAGUAUGUCCGACAAAGUGAGGAGGCUGCUGGUUCUUCUGCUGAUCAUCCUGAAGGAAGCUGGACCGACCGCAGCACAGGACUGCAGCAGCAGCAGCUGUUUAUCAUCAAUCUGUGACUGCAGCAACAGAUUGCCUGGUCUUACCAGUGUUCCUCAGGACCUGCCUACAAACAUCACUUGGCUUGACUUACGGGGCAACGCCAUCACAACCUUAAGUCAGUCUGAUUUCUCAAUUUACAAGAGCUUGACAAGCUUAGAUUUUGGUUCCAAUCAGAUCUCCAUGCUCCAGAACAAAACAUUCCACAACUUAACCAGCCUAACUCACCUGUACGUUAACAAAAACCAAAUAACCUCUCUCCCAGCUGACAUGCUGGUUGGACUUGGUGACCUGCGGUCAUUGGAUCUUGAUGACAACCAGUUAUCUAGUCUCCCAGCCGACAUAUUUUUGGGACUCGGUAACCUCGAGACAUUGGGCCUUUACAAUAACCAGUUGACUCAUGUAAGGGCGAACACAUUUGCCGGACUUGGUAACCUACAGAAUUUACAUCUUUCCCAGAACCUGUUGACUAAUAUUCCAGCUAACAUAUUUGCUGGACUUGGUAAACUACAGACCUUGCAUCUAGACCGAAACAUGUUAACUAAUCUCCCAACUGCCAUAUUUGCAGGACUAGGCAACCUGAACCAGUUGUUUCUUUUCGAAAAUCAGUUUACUACUCUCCCAGCUGACAUAUUUGUCGGACUUGGUAAUCUUCAGGACUUGCGUCUUUCCCAGAACAAGUUGUCUAGUCUGCCAGUUGACAUAUUUGCAGGACUUGGUAACUUAAAGACACUUGUCUUAGGUGGGAAUGGCAUACGCAAUAUCGAGGCAGGCACCUUCUGUGGAACAACAAAACUUCAUUAUCUAUACCUUGGUAACAACAAAAUUAAGACCAUCACAGCCGGCACAUUUCAGAGUCUCCGUCAGCUUCAAACGCUCCAUCUCUUCAGUAAUAACAUGAACACCUUUCCGUUAGAACCCUUGUCAAAUCUUUCUUCAGUGUCUAAUCUUAGAUUAGAUCUUAAUCAAAUGGAGACACUUCCAGCUAUGGCCUAUGACAUACUGGCUUCCAUUCUGACUGUUAGAAUUGAGAACAACCCCUGGCAGUGUGACUGUAGCAUGCUUCCCUUUAGACAGAGGAUGAACGGGUCCUACUUAUUUGAAAACCAGAUCAGAUGUGCUGGACCUGGUACCCUUACAGGGCAACUCUUACGGGAUUUAAAUCCUGAAGACCUCAUCUGUGAUCAUAAAGAGAUAGAAAGCAGUGCUGGCCCUACCGGCGAUGGCAUCGCCCUGCCUACAGCCCUUCUUGCUGUGCUGUGUGCUUUUCUUGGGCUAUGCAUGAAUCCACUCUUGCCUUGA